AAACUUGUUCACAGUUCAUAGUUGGCGCCUCAGCGACGCUACCAUAGGCUCUCCCCCUCUGAAAGAUUUGAAAGCCCCACAAACUUCUCUUCUCAAACCCCAAAAACCCAGAAAAACCCAUCAAUGCCUCCAGCGCCGCCGGACGCGGUGGUCCGCAACCGCUUCUUAGGGUUCCUCAUCUGGCAAUCCAUCCCCUCCACCCUCAUUUUCCUCCUCUCCGCUCUCUCUCCCUCCUCCUCAAAACCCGCUUUCCCAUUCGCCCCAUGGUUCUUCGCGGUAAUUACCUUCCUGUCCUUCCACCUCUCCCAGCUCCUCUUCUCCGCCUCCCUCUCUCUCAUCUCCUCCACCCACCCCCACCCACUGCUCUCGCCUCUCAAGCUCUCCCUCGAGCUCAUACGCUUCCUCUUCGUUCCCGGCGGCUCCGAUUUGACCGGGUCGCCGGGUUCCCGGGUCCGGGUUAGGGUCACCGUCCGCUUCGUGGCGUUUCUGGCUGCGGCGGCGGUGUCCGGGUCCGUUGCGGCGGUUUCGGUCUGCGGGGAGCUUGGUGGUGGGGUUUGGGGGAUUGGGAGAGUAGGGUUUAGGGGUUUUGUGAUGGGUUUGCUUUAUGGGUUGUAUUAUGUGUAUAAGCGCAGGUGGGUCUUGGAGUUCCCCAUUAUUCAGCGUCCGCCAUUUUUUAGCUUCAAGAUGGGUCUCCCCACGGCUAUCACAAGAUCCUUAAAGCUGUCCGGUGUGGCAUACCUAGUCUCAGCUAUUCUGGUGGUGUUCCUUCCCCAUGAGUUUCACAACAGAGUUACAAUUGGAAGGUUGAUUGCGGAGCAGAUUACCUUCUACAUUGGGAGUUUCUUGGUGUUUCUCUGCUGGGAACUAAGUCACCAUUUACAUCAGGUGCUUAAUACCAAGAGAUGCAUAUUUGCGCCGCCUAAAGGAUCAGCUGCAGCAGAAACAAAUCCAACUGAGCAUCUUCUUGCAGCUUUGGAGGAGAGCACUCCUAAUUCUCUUCCUCAGUAUCUUGCAUAUCUUGAUCUCUGCAUGAUUUGUGAGAAUAAUGUUGAUACUUGGCGACGAGCUGCCUUUUUCGAAGAAAGUGGUGAAACUUACAAAAGGGUUGUAUCUGUAUGCUUGCGGCCUCUGGAGCAGCUUGCAUCAAAGCUGGGUGAUGGCUUGGAAAGUCCUGUUAAUGGAAAAUCCCAAAUAUCCAAUCAGUUACUGUCGCCAACUGACCAGCGACUAGAUUCAAAAUACUCUGAACCCUUCGACAACUUCCAGCUAUAUGCAUGGUGUGCCUGGUCAGCUGCUUCACUGACUGCACGCUCAAAUACGGAGGACAGAUUUGGGGUUGCCCAGAGAUCGGGUAGUAAUGCUGCUGUGAUCUCAACACUGAUCUCUUGCCUUCUUGCUGUUGAAACAUACAUGGGAAAGAAGACCAAUGUUCCUGCACAGUUUAUGGGGCCAGCUAGUAUCAAAUGGGCAACCUCGAGUGUGGGAAAUGUUGGCGUGGCUAAAAAGAGAGUUGGCCCUAUCCAUCCCAAAGCAUAUGCCCUUGCCGAUGUCCUCAAAAACUCAAUCUACCAUAUUGUGUCCGCAUGCCAUGAUCAGAUGGUGAGCAGUGCCAAAACAGGCGUGCUUGAGAAGUAUUGGGUCAUCGAAGGCAAGCCUCCUUUUGGGUCACACGAGCUUCUGGUGCAGAAAUUGCGUCUUUUCCUAGAUUUUCGAGCUAGCUAAAUUCUAGGUAUUUUGCUGGGGAUCGAAACGUCUGCUAGACUGCUAGUUAAUCAUUAGACAGACGUAUGGAAGAGGUGGUUGGAAGGUGAAGGAUAUAACAUCGGAUGUAUUGGAAAGAAAAUCAAAUGGAUGCUGUGAGUUUUGUGGUUGAUAGAACACAUUUUCCUCGACUCUUAUACCAAAAUCAAAAGGGUUUUACCCCCCUGUUCUCUUUUUGUUAUUGCC